AUGGCCCCGCUAACUCGGAAGCGGAAGGCCCGCCCGCCUCACGCCGUUGCCCGGCAGCGGCCCCGCUCCGAGCCCCGAGGAGACGGGAGAGACUCCGGGAGAGACCCCAGCCCAGUCCCAGCCGCGGGCGAUGGAAGCCGAUGACACGCAGGAACCAGAGCUCGCCGAAACCAUGGGACAGCUCCAGCAGGAGCUGCGGAAAGCCAAGGAUGACCACAAGAUGGCCAUAGGUGCCAUCUCUUCCUUGCAAAGACAGAUGGAGAUCCAAGAAUCUGAGCUUCGGAGAAUCAGAUCUGAAAAGGAAUUGCUCCAGAAGCAGCUCAGAGAGAGAGAAGUCCAGCUCCAAGCUAUGUCUGACAAGGUACAGCCCAAGAGCGUGGUGGCCAUGGCUAGCAGGAGACACAGCAGCUGGGAAUUUGGGAUUUUUGCAACAUUCACUCUCUCACAGGCAGGAGGGGAACCUGUAGCUGUGAAACUGAAGAGUAAAAUAUUCUCCUUCCAGUUUUGCAGCCUGACAGAAGAACAGAGGCAGGAAGAAGCGGUGGUGGCGAUGGUGGAGGAGAACCAAAACCUUCAACAGGUUGUCACAGAACAGGAAUUCCAGCUGGCUGAGCAGAACAAGCUCAUCAGUGAGCUACAGGGGACAAUCAGCCAGCUGCAGGCUGAGGCUGUGAGCACCCGCCUCCACCUCCUGCAGCAGAAACAGGCCCAGAGGGAGACCCAGAGCCAGCUUGAGGCACUGCAGCACGCAGAGCUGCAAACCAGAGUGGCACUGGAGCUCAUCAGCAGCAAGGUAAGCGUGGCCUCUUUCACCUCAGAGCCCUGUCUCCCUCUUGGGAAUCUCAAUCCAUUUGCUCCCUAG